GAGUUUGCAUUGGGGAGGGGGGGCACUGCCGGUAAUUCCUGCCCAGGUCGCCACAUGAGUGAGGACCAGCCCUGAAUGUACCAGGUAUAAUAGGUAUAAGUACAAAUUCGGUGCUUGAAGUGGGCUGUUCAGAGAGAGGCUGUACCAGCACCUCUGUCUCUCUUUUCAGAGAACCGGCAACAUUUCUACUAUGUUUGAUUUGCUAGUAACAGUAAAAGAUAACAAGGGGAGGACCGGCACCCGAUUGUCCCUACUUCAAGCACUGUAAAAAUCCAUUUAAGAAACAUUUUACUCCAAAGCCAGCUGUGGCAUAUUGAAAAUGUAUAAAGUAUAUUGUUAAAAAGGUUCAUGCAAAAGGGUAAUGGGUCAGUGUGUGGCUCAGUCGGUUAGGGCUCUGUGUCCGUAGUCAGCAGGUUGCUGGUUCAGAUCCUGUGAACAAGGCCCUUAACCCCAGUUUCUCCAGGGACUGGUGGACCGAUAAUGAAAACACAAUGCUUUCCAUGAACAGGUCAGAAAGCUGGUGUUGGGAAAAUGGGAAGUGGGAGCAGUACCCCAGUGACAGAGGAGAACAAACCAGAGCUCCUUGGUAAAGCCUGGAGGGAUGUUGUGUGGGACCACAGCACACGAACUGAUCUCAAGCAAUACCUGCAAGAUUACAAGCCCACUAUUGAUUCAGUGCCUCAGGCUCGGAUUCUUCUAAUUGGUCAUAUUACAGCUGGAAAAUCAAGCUUCUUCAACUCCAUCAACUCUAUCUUCCGUGGCAACAUUACAAGCCAAGCUGCAGUAGGAGAAAUGAAAACCAGCCUGACCUUGAAGUAUCGCACUUACCAGGUGAAAGCGGGCCGAGGCGGACAGCCUCUGGGAUUCCUACUGUGUGACACCAUGGGACUGGAAGCAAGGGAGGAUGGAGGGAUGAAAAUUGAAGAUAUUGAGAGCAUCCUGAAGGGCUACGUUCCAGACAAGUACCAGUUCAACCCUGCGCAGCCAAUGAAAGCUGAUGACUGUCAGUCAUGGAGCACAUUGGCUCUUAAGGACAGGAUCCACUGUGUGGUGUAUGUGAUAGACGCCUCCACAACUGGAAUUGUGGACCAAGGAAUGAAGAAUAAAAUUGAUGAAAUCAGAAAGAGAACUAACUCGGCAGAGGUCCCUCUAAUGGUGCUACUGACCCAUGUGGACAGAGCGUGCCCGCAUGUGGAAAAGGACUUGAAGAAGGUGUAUCACAGCUACUACAUAAAGGAUCUGAUCUACAGAGCUAGCCAGUGUCUGGGCAUCCUACCAUCAAAUGUGAUUCCAGUGAAGAAUUACUUUGAUGAGAGUGAGCUGAGUGACACCUGUGACAUCCUGCUCCUCAAGGCCAUGAAGCAGAUGCUGGACUUUGCUGACAAUUACUUUGACAGCUGGGAGGACGACACAGAGUAGAUGAAUUGAUCAUAUUGAGGGGUUGUGCCAUUGCCUUUCUCUGUCCAUGUCCUUGUGUUCUACACCACAUGAUUGUUUCCUGUAAACCUGCGUUAGGCUCUUUCUGUACCUUUCCGACACAGAAACCUUUUCAUAACCUAGAUUUAUAAUUGUCUUGUCAUUUGAAUAUGAAUGAUGCUUAGAUAUAAUCUAUACAAUAUAAAUUCGAUAUAUCCUUUAUAUAUGUGUAUCCUCAAAGAAAUCUCCUCAAUUAUAGAAGUACAUAUGGACUUGAUGUUUUUCCUACACAGCCCAGUCUUACAAGAGAAACAAAAUAGUUGAUUUUCACAGCAUUUUCUUCCCGGCCAAUGCCUUCUCUAGUUAAACCAUAGAGACUAUACCAUCUCGCGUAGUCACUGGCUAACAUACAAUAGCCAUUUCUGUGGUUUUUGUUCUCUUGCCCUAUUCAUCACAAUCGUGGUGAAUUAAAAAAAAUCUGUUAAGUCAAAAA